GUGAGAAAUCGUAUACAUUUGUGUGCUCCUUGAACUUUAAGUCGGAUGAUAUUGAAUUUCAUCGGUUCUGCAAGAAAUACUACCUAAAAUCUACAGCAGUGCCAAGUGCAUUUGAUUGCUGGAAUGAUAUUCCUCACCUGUGCAAACCAAUCCCAACCCCCAGGAAGCCAAACAAACUCAUCCUUAAGAGAGUUAAAGAAGGAGAAUCAAAGACAAAGGAAACUACAUGUAGCAGCAAGACACACCUUUCAGCAAUACCUCUGAAUAUUAUUAAUACAUGUGAAGAAAACAAGAGUCCACAACAUGGUGAAUGUUUCUCCAAGAGAAAUAUAAUGAAUUACUUAAAAACUGCACUUCACUAAAAAAAGCCAACUCAAAGUUCAAGAAAAAAGUAGAACUUACUUUUUCUGUCGAUUCUAUCUCUGAAGAUAACAUCCAGUUUUAUACUGGAUUUCCACACAAACAAGUAUUUGAAAAUGUUUUAGAAUAUUUGAAUCCAGGAGAAAAUGGUGAAGAUAUUGUAAAUGUGUGCAAUCAAGGUACAUCUAGAAGUAACGAGAAGUCAGAGCAGGACCUAGUGAAUACAUCAGGAUACCAAAAAGUGGGACGACCAAAGAAACUGAAACCAAGAAAUGAGUUCUUCUUAUUUCUAUGCAGGGCAGGGAUGCCGGAAGUUGCUGAGGCAAGGGGUGCAAUUGGUUAACAAGAGGGCGUACUCCUUAAUAAAAGGGCACCAAUGAAAAUGAAAGGGCGUCAUGAUCCUACGUUCGUGUCAACCUCCCUCCCCGUCACCAAUUUUUUUCGGACUGAAUACAAUUAUUUAGGCACAAUUCCUCCAUAAUUCUCGCCAAAAAUUCCAUAAGUAAUGCUUUCCGUUUCACCUUUCGCCAAAUGGAUAACAAUUUUGCCAAAUUCCUGACGACUGGGGGGUGAAACACCCACUUUCUCGAGCAACGUUUAAUUCUGUCCGUUGUAAAAGUUUUUUGCACCUGUUACACCCAUAGUCUGCACCCACAAAGUUGAAAAUGCAAAAGGCAUGGGGUGCACUUGCGCCCGCUGCACCUGUGGUUCCGGCAUCCCUGGUGCAGGGUGAGGGUAGGAUUACUUGAAACUGAUAUGGCACACCGGUUUAACAUAUUUGUUAGUUCUGUGAGCAGCAUUAUUAUAUCAUGGGCUAAUUUUGUUUAUUUAAGACUUGGCCUACCAGGGAAACUGGUAACAUUCUAUGAUCACGUCAUUCACCUCAUCACACCAUCACAACAUGGUUUUCUUAGAAAUCGUUCGUGUAUCACUCAGCUUGUCCAAGUUCUUCACUCUGUUGGUCAGUGUCUUGACAAAAACCUUCAGUCUGAUAUAAUUUACCUUGAUUUUGCCAAAGCUUUUGAUUCUGUAGAUCAUCAAAUACUUCUAAGAAAACUCAAGUCAUAUGGCGUUACAGGGUGUCUUCUCGACUGGUUUCGUGAUUAUUUAAGCGGACGUACCCAAAGAGUUGUUGUCGAAGGUGUCCCAUCAAGCUGGGUUCCUGUUAUCUCUGGCGUGCCACAAGGAAGUAUCCUGGGUCCGAUACUUUUUGCUGUCUUCAUAAACGAUCUUCCGGAAGUAAUAUCCAAUGGCUCUUCGGAAGCUAUGUAUGCUGAUGAUACAAAAUUGUUUAGAAACAUCAACUCUACAACUGACGGUGAUUGUCUACAAGAAUCUUUAUCCAACCUCGACACGUGGAGCCAUGAUAAUAACAUCAAGUUCAACGCAUUAAAAUGUAAGGUUUUGAGCGUGACUCGAAAGAAAUAUCCCGUGACUUACAACUAUCAUCUGGGUUAA